AUGGAGCCCGGCUCUGGCCUGUGCCGGCCCCGCGUGCCGCUCGUUUACCUCAACAGCUUCGGCGCCCACCGCUGCGGCACCGUCAUCCGCUACGGCCGCUGCGCGGGCGCCGGAGCCCCGAGGCGGAGCGGCGAGGCGAGGCGCCCCGAGGUGGAGCCGCCCCCGCCGGCGAGCAGGGCCCGGCACCCGCCGCGGGCGGCGCGGAGCGGCGGCGAUGGCGCCCAGCCCGCGGGCCCCCGCCGCGGUGACCGUCGAGAGGAUAAAGCUGACACCUUUGAUUUCCCCUUCCCUUCAAGAAAUGUUGAUAAGGCAAUGAAACGAAAGAAGCAAAAGUCUAAAGUCUGGCUUAGAGUCUGGAAAGUAAUUUCAAAAAUGCUUGAGGAAAAUGAGAAGUUCAGAAGUCGACUGUUGGCUUGCCGUCAGUGUGAUGGAGAAGGCAGUGCUAUGAAGCAGAGUUCGCAGAAUGAGGCAUCCUACCUGGACAGGGAGGAGUCCAUCUUUGGCUGGGUGUAGCAAGAAAACAAAGGAAGACUGAAUAUGACAAAUAAAAAAG